GGUAAACAAACUCGGGGAGGAGAAAUAAGCGCAAACACCAGGGACUUCGCAGGCUGGGCUCUCGGGGACUUUUGUACCUGUUUCUAUUCAUUUUAUACACUUUGUAGUCGACUGUUUUACUAACGCACUUUUGCUACUUUGAUAUUAAAGCAUCGGGCGUUUUAUUUGUACGAUAUAUUUCUGUAUCUAGCUUGCCAAGUCAAGGAAAUCUCUCGAUCGGCUGUUUGCAAAUUGAAACCACGUAACCAUUAAACAAUCGGAUAUAUAUAUAAAAAAACAAUCAAUGCUACGUUUUCAACCGAUUUCCCAGCGAUUGUCAUCGUGAUUACAUAUCAAGAAAUCAAGCAUCUAUAGAUUUAUUCAAAGAAUGACUGCUGUGCUGAAUAUCCAGACGUUAUUGGAAGCAGCCGAAUAUUUAGAGAGGAGAGAAAGAGAGUGUGAACACGGAUAUGCCUCGACCUUUCCGUCUAUUCAGCACUCCAACUACCAGAGACAAAGGAAAUUCCGAAAUAAAAAGUACAACAACAACCACAACAGGUCCACACAUAAUGAGCUGGAGAAAAAUCGGCGAGCCCAUCUUCGUUUGUGUUUGGAACGAUUGAAGACUCUUAUCCCGCUGGGACCAGACUGUAGCCGUCAUACCACGUUGGGACUGCUCAACAAGGCCAAAGCACAUAUAAAGAAACUGGAAGAUGUGGAUCGUAAAUCUCGGAAUCAGUUGGAGAAUCUGGAGCGGGAGCAGCGUCACCUCCAGAGGCGACUGGACCUGCUGCGGGACGGCGGGGGCGCACUGGAGGGAGAGAGGAUACGCACCGACAGCGUCGGCUCCACCGUCUGCUCCGAGCGAUCCGACCGCUCCGACUCAGACCAAGAAGAGAUGGAGGUGGACGUAGAGAGCACAGAGUUUUCUCACGGAGAGCUGGACUGCAUCAGCACAACCAGCACCAGCGAUCUGGACGAUCACAGCAGUCUACAAAGCACUGCCAGCGACGAGGGUUAUUCCUCCUGCAGCAUCAAACUGGCCUUCAGCUCAUAAAACGAGCAUGAGCAACACACACUAUCCCAGCCCUCGAAAUGAGUGCUAGACCACUUGUCCCUUUUUGACCAAUCAGAGACUCUUAUUUAAGUCAGGUGACCAGAACACAGCCCCCCGCCCCAAAUUUUAAUAACCCUGAUUUGUCGUUUUAUUUUCCUGAAUGUAUGAGACGGAAACAAUCUGUGAUUGUGAUUUAUUGUCUAGAUGAGAGAUUUUAAUUGGACUGAGUCGUCAGUAUCUUAACCCCUUUUCCGAAAGGAAAGCUGAAGUGUAUAAAAAAGAAAAGUUUGUUAGCCACUAUUUUAUUCGAGCCCCCGAUUGUUGAUUUUCCACAAGAAUGGGUCGUGUACUGGUCACUAUUCGGCUACAAAUUAUAAAUAACAAACGCCUGACAUGUGAAUCAUAUCAAGUUCCUCACCCGGUGUGUUCGUUUCAACAUCGCUGCUCGGCAGCGAGAAAGACUGUCAUUGGUGCUACGUGACACGAAACCAACAAAGCAGAAAAUUCUGCCGUUUCGUCAAAGGAAAACAACAACAAUCCCGUUCGUGGGAAUUUUGGUGCAUUUAAACUGCGGACGCAGUUUUCGCACAGCAGCUAAAACCCAGCGAUCUUGCACUCGACCGCAUAGAGCCCUCCACAGUACUGGCGCCACGUCACCCCUAUGUUUAAACAGAUGUCUGUUCGGGCAGUAAUAAGCAAUAAAUCUCUUUUAGUCGGAUGAACACAAUUAGCACUCCGCCUCCAGAGACACAAUACUUGUGUCCGUCCAAAAGAGCAACAACGGCUCGUUUUUUUGUACAUAAAUACGAUAGUUUAAUAAAUUAAAUGAGUUGGAAAGGUAGUUACCCAUGGGUAGAACUAUUGCCUUCGUUGCUGUACGUCUUGUGUUUUGUGCAUUUUAAAUUAUAUUUUUGCAAAAGAUUGACUAUCUUCCUCUGAGAGUUCGGUGGCAUGGACAGUAUUAUUUGUUCAUUAUGCUGGAUGAAACGCGAUCGUUUCAAUUCUGUGGCUGCCCGAUAAAUUUUACGACUUUUAAACGAACACACGCAAGUACUUAAAAGUAAACCAACAAGUGAACGCCAAAGCGUGGACCUCUAGGCAUGCUAACUCCGAGUGGCGCUCUUUAUUUAUUCGAUUUUUAAAAAAAAUAUAUUUUAUUUGUUUUAAAGCUAAAAGGCAUUCCACUACUAGUAUCGUGUGCUGUGGACGUUGAGUACGUGUACGUGCGUCGAAAUCGUCGCAGUUUCGCGCCAUGCGCUUCGAACUCAUGCUUCCCGCUGUGUACUGUAUGCUCGAUUUUGUUUUUGUUUUGUGAAUAAAAGCAUUCAGACUUGAGCCACUCGAGUCAUAUUUAUUUUCACCCUCUUUAUCCUGCAUCGGAGACGAGGUUAACUUAUUUCGUACGUCAGAUCUUUAACGCCAUUCCCCUCAACUAUUCCCUUUGUUUUCGAUCUCUGUGUUUUUAUUUUUAUUUUUCCUCCCUACUUUAAAGCCAAGUGAUUUGUAAUCGCUCCGCCUGCGAUAGAGCAGUACGGACAUCUGCUAGGUUUCCAGAUCCAGCAUCAACCAAAUGCUAUUGGCUGCUGAACGGCCCAUAUGUGUGGAUCAGUUGUACCCACCCCUUAACGUAAGAGAGUUUUAGCAUUAUCUGAUUAUUUGAACUACUUUCUCCCGUGUAGAACAAACGGUCUUGCGUCAUGAAGACACGUCGUGUGCUUGAGACUCAACGUGGUGCUCGCUCAACAACAGGCCAAACCACAGACGAACCUCCAUUUUAGAGGACAUAUUACUUAUUUACUUUCAUGUUGUAUCUGCUCUCCUUUUUGUUUAUAAAUCUGCACUAUUUAAGGCCAGGGCCAAUGCCAGUGCUUUUGUUUCGUUUUCAAUUUAUGGAAAUGGCUCGUGUCCUCACCGUACAGAUCUGGACCUGUAUUCAAAAACUUCUAUGAGAAGUGGUGCUGGUCUGGAAUCGGCUUUUCCACGUCACUCCAAUCUGAGGUCAGCUGAUUGUGAAACAGCAUCUGUGUUAUGAGAUGCAUGGUGAAUAUAACCCUGUCGAGGGGUAAAAGAAAAUCAGUUUGAUGUCUGUUAAAGCUUUUCCGUCUGAGGAGAAUAGAGGUCCUGAUGAAUUUUGGCCAUUCUUUGUAAACAUGCACUCUGAUACUAGCUGUGAGUUAAAAUGCAAUACUUACAAUAAACACCAAGAUUGUCAAAAAAAA